CGAGGCGUGUGUGUGUGUGUGUGUGUGUGUGUGUGUGUGUGUGUGUACGAACUGUUGGCAAUAAUCAAACAAAAAUCAUCAGAGACCAGCGAAGGCAGCAGAUCUCCUCUGGGCCUUCACUACAAGGGUCUCCGUAUUCCCCAGACCGUCUGAGAAACACUAGCACUACAGUGUUCUCCUGGGUCAGGAAACAGUGGGUGAGAUUAGAAAGGAAUGGGAAAGAAUUGAAUGGAGAAGUGCAUCAGAGUCUUUCCUGCCUGGAUUGUGGCUGGAAACAUGGUUCACCAACUUCUGAGCCGAAUAAAAAAUGUUGGGCAUGGGAAGGGAGACUUCUGUGUUUGUUGUUUCAUCAAGUUCCUUAACGGCUUUUUCUGGCAUUUUUCCCCCCCCCUCCUCGCCCCUGCAAAGGUCAUUUUGGUAACUCCGUUAUCCGAGGUCUCCUUGCCAUGAGCCUGACAGCCAAUGCGAUCUUCACUUCAGCCUACCUCUACCAGAGCCUGCGCUGACCUGCACCGCCCCGGCUCUCUCUGGCACCACCUACUUCCCAAGAGACUCUGACACAAGAACAAUUCAACCACAGCUUUGGUGUCUUAUGGCCGUGCCACAGGUGCAUGCUGCUUAUCAACCACUGCCUGCCAGGCUGCAGUGACACAGAACCAGACAGCUGCUGUUGCCACCUCUGAGCAGAACGUAUCGAAGGGCUGUUGUGAUGCUGGAGGUGGCCAGUGGGACUCUUUGCAAUACCCGGCUCAAGGUCAGCUAAUGUCCCUUGCACCUUCUUUCUAAAGAAUCGGUCUAUGGCAUGAACUGGAGAAGAUGUAAAUGACCUGGUUGGCUUUGUCUCAUCCCAUCUUUCCCACCUAUUAACCAACCUCAGAUGGACGGUGGUGAUGGAAUAAGAAGAAUUCGAACAAAUAAGUUGGAGGCAAGAGGCGGGACCUGGGCUUCGAUUAUUGAAAUGGUUUCCCCAGCCUGGUUUCCUUGUUGGCACCUAUUCUCCCUCCCUCUCACUCUCCCUGGUUCGUUCUAUAUGAAUGGUUUUAUGUCCUCCUUAAGGUUUCCAGAACCCAUGGGGGGACCUAAGCUGCUCCGUGAUUCUCUUGCAUAGUGGGGUGUUUGUGUGUGGGGGGGUUGUAAUCUAUCCAAUCUGCUGUCUGAGGUCUCUCUAGCCAGUUGCCUUCCUGCAAUUCUGGCUCCUGGUAACAGUUCAUGUCCAUUGCUCAAACCAGUACAGCUGCUAUAGGGCUGGGCACAUCUGCAUCGGAAAAGCAAACCCAUGUUUUUCGCCUUGCCAGGAGGCGCCAAUACUACUGUCAUAAGAUGUGCCCUGAUGUGCUUGCAUCGUGCCUCGGGCUCCAGGCUGCAGUUCUGACUGCUGGUGUGUUUGCUGACAUCGGGAGCUGCACAGCUUGUUCUUACAGUAAACCACAUAAACAUACUGUUUUGGAAACUGUGGGAAGAGCGCUUCUAACAGGGAGGAGUCUGAUAACAUGCCCCAUUCUAGAGGCCUGGGUCCUCGUGGUUGGCAGAGGCCUGUAUCAUUCACUAUUUAAGGCAGAUUAGCCAAGAAGGCAAUACAAGUGUGUCUCAGCUAGAGAUGCACCAGGCCAGCUAAGCAUCCAGGAUGUCCCUUAAAAUCCAUGGUGGUCGCCCAAGACUUUCAAAAAUAGUUUCUAAUUUUGAGUCUCAAUUUUUUGGGUGUCCAAUUUGAGAUGCCUUAAAGGAGCCAGGUAAUUUUUUUUCCCCAGAGGGUGAGUGUUUAGCAUCCUUGGAAAUCAGGUCCUUUUUAAGGUGUCAAGUUGGGCACCCAAAAUCACUAAGCAGGUCCGAAAAUUUUGGCCUGAGUGUCCAAAUUCCUACAUCCCAACCCCAUGGCUCAAAGGAGACCUGGCUAACACUAAGGACGAGGCCUCUGAUAGGACUCCGCCCAGAACCUUCCUGUUGUCCUGGUCCUGUUCUUCUUUUGGUCUUGAAUCCUCUUACCUCUCCCCAUCUUCUGUUCUGGAACUACUGAAUUGCGCUUGCCAUGUUUCUUCCCCACUGCAUGCCUGGCUACUGUCUGCUUUGGGCAUUCCUCCACCUCCUCCACACCCAACCACCGUGGUAGUCUGCUGGCAAUAAGAGACUUCCCCAUUAAUCUGAAAAUCUCACCUCCUCGUGGGGAUCAGGUGCUUUAAGAAACUGCUUUUCCUUCAUGUCGCUUAUUGAGCCAUCCUGCCCUCUCCUAGACAAACAAAGUGAUAACCUAACACUCUAAUCAAUAUGCUGCCGGUCCAGGUGGGUGGCCUUUAUUGCUGGUGACUCGAGCUGUGGAAAAUCAAGUCUUGCUCUCCCUGUGUCACUGGCACCUAUUCUUGCAUUAUCUUAGCAACCCUCUUCCAGCCCCUAUUGAUCAGCGAAGCCCUCUCUCUCGUUACAUGCAGGAGACUGAUUGACUGCCACGGGUAUCUCUUAUCAAGAGAUUGUGGAAGCAGGAUCUCUGACACUACAGCUUUGUCUGGACCCUCCUUUGGUGCUCUGGCCUGGCUGUCUACCCGGCAACUCCUUCACCAUGGCCUAGAUUCAGACUAGCAACUGCAUCAGAAAUAGUGGGCCAUGCAGUAUGCUGAUUAGUAACUCUUUGUAAUUUGCAUUAAUGGUUUCCCAUGUUGGGCUAGUCCACAACCUCACUGUGAUGAGAUUUGUGUACCUUUGACGUUUCUUUGGGUUGUAUUUAGUGUUCGUACAGGCAAAAAACUGGUAGUGCCCCUGCGCUGGUGAGUAUUCCACAAGCUUCUUCAUACGGUUGUGACACUGUAACUCACUCCUGACCCGCAACAACACGUGGUAUCCUGGUCAUGGCCCCUUGUCCUGACUUUCGGCAUGCCCACAUGCUCCUAAGCAUAGACUGCAUGCCAUAGACUACGGUGGCCUUGUGUGUCUUAUUAUGAUAAUGUGCACUGUGACUUUGCUUAUGCCACGAAAUUCGUUUCACUUCUCACCUCCCAGUCUAUGCUGCAUUUACCCACUGCCACAUCUAGCACACGGCCCCACUUCACAUGGCUUUUAUUUGUCCCCACCAAACUCCAGUGCUGGAUUUGCCCCUUUCUAGCAUUUCUUCUUUGUUCCCAGCACCCACGGCUCCGUACACUCCCAGCCCCUCCUUUCUCCCUUUUGCACAUUUCUUGUUUCAGGAACUCCUUAAUUCCAUUUCUGAAUCUGCUGCCGGUUGGGCUCCUGGCCAAGCAUUUAGGUGACCCUGUCUGAAGCUGUUUAAAGACUUUUUGGAUGUUCUCACUUAAGAGGAAAAUCACAAGCCCUUUCAAUCUGGUGCUAGAACAAGGCGGGAGCGGUGCUAUUGCUGAUGCAAAGCCUUCAGUGUUGUUAGUGUGUGUGCAUGUGUGUGUACAUGUGUAUAUAAAUGUUUGAAGAGUUUCUUCAUUUUGAAAGAUCUGAGCCCAUGUUUGUCACUAUAUUGUCAGCCUUAAUCCAGCUACCGGACACUGUGUCCAUCUUGCUGCUGCUGCUGUUUCUAUAUAAUGCUGGUUUGGAGGAAUCAAAAAAAAACAAACAAAAUCUGGUUCCCCGGUCAAAAUCUUUGUGCAUGAAUUGCUGGUGGCAUGGGUCUUCGUACAAUAUUGUUCAGGGAUGGAAUUUUAUUUUUCUAAUUGUUUUUGCUGUAAAAGCCUUUUAGGGGUGGGGGUGGGGGUGGGGGGAUGGAUGUAAACUUUCUGUACAUUAAACAAGAUUUGAGCUUUAUUUAAAUAAGGUGAAGGUUGACUUAGAGGUGGGGCAUAAGCGAACUCUUACCAAAAGGAACCUCAGCCUUGCUGCUGAAUGAUCACCCUCUCUCAUCCCCCAUCCUCCCUUAAAGAUGCACACAUCCUUCCUCUCUCUGCCCAGAUUUAUUAUGCAUGUCCCAAGACCCUGGACAGUCUUCCCAUGAUUCUGUCAGCUCUGAAUUAAGAGUAUCUUGGAUUCCCAAUGCUACUUUUCCAGAGCGUGGCUGUAUCGGUGGGUGUGAUGUAUAUUGUUAAGGGAGUGGAGAGAGUUUGAAGGACAAGUUGUCAUAUGCUAUAAUAGCCCAGACCUAAACGUAAGCAUUCCUGGCACAUAAGCAGGCAGAACUCACUGCAGUUCAGUCCGCUUACUCAGUGGCAAAUUUUGGCCUGUGAAUGUCCAAAUCCCACUCCCUAUUCCUUGGUGACAGUAACAUUGUGAAACAUUGCCGAACUAGUUGGGGGUCUCUAAAGGGAUGCAGCUGGGAGCCUGUGCUGCCUCUGGAUAUCUCUGGAUACUGCUAUAUUUCCCAGCCACCCUUCCUGGAAACAUCCUAGUCUUAACUUCUAUCCCGGGUGUCUGUAAGAAUAUCAGAAAGUACCUAUUUGGUCAGUGCAAGGAACCAGUUUCCACAAACGCUGCCUCCAGUAGUGACUAUCAAAUCCUCUGUGUCCUUGGAUGGGUGGGGAGGGGUUUGAGGUACCUGCUGGUAGAAGUAGGUACUUGGGGAGGGUGGGGAAUGAUAAAGAGGAGUCCUAAACCUUCUCCUACAAAAGAAAUGUUGUAUGUUAUCUGUAUGCUUGUUUUGGGCUCUAACGCUGUACAGUUUAGUUACAUUGUGCUCCAGUUAUGGGGAACUCUGUCCCCAGGAGGUUUUUAGUUCAUGCUCUGUGUUUAAAGAGGAUUAUUUUUCUUUAAAAAACAAAAGAAAAAAAUACCAAAAAAAACGAAAUUAUAAAUCUCACUUAAAUGUGUCUUUUAUUUGUGUGUGUGUGUACACGUGUAGGGGGGAGGGGGAGACCACGGGUGUGAGCGCAUGUGUACCUUGCAAUCAAGCUGUGAUCUCAAAGCUACACAGAGUUAGCAGACAACUCACGGCAAUGCAAGUUGCCCCCAUGCAGUUCCUCACCAAUGAGAUGCAACCCUGACCUGGAGGGAAUCGCCUUUAAGGUGAGUGGGAAACUCGAUCGUCUUGGCCAUUGAAUUCUUUCUCUUCCAUUGAGACUACCAAUCAGGGUGUCGGCUGUGAAUCAGGAUUUUGUGAUGUGGACAGGUAUCCAUUAGAAAUUAACUUGAGACCCACUAACAGGCACUAUGUCAGCCACUGACCUGCCACCGAGCUGUUGGUAACUUUCAUUUCUAGCUUGCUAGAACAUCAGUAGUGAGAGAGAGAGAGGGUCUGUUCCCCAUUAUCAGUCCUUUAAUCGUCUAGACUCAUCUCAGCUGAACGUAUCCGUUACAUUCAUUAGCACAGGAGAUGUGUUCGAUAAGGUGUGCUAGAAAAAUUAGGCACUUCCCCUUUCAGUGCUUUCUUAUUGAUGAUGUGUGUCCAUCAAAGAAGCAUUUUUCAAAUUCUCCUUUACUGUUUGGGAUUCCCGCUGCCUACCCAUAGGAAAUGGACCAGAAUGUCUUUUUAAUGGCGAGAGUUUGUUCCUGCUACCUGUGUAUGGUCCCCUAUUUAUUCUCCAUUAUCAGUCCGGCCACCCAGUGGUAAGUAACUAGCCUAUGAUCCCAGUACUAGUCUCUCACUCCAGCUAGCUAGCUGGGAUGCACUAUGCAGGUUGGGUUUCCCUGUGCCAAAUACAAUGCAACUUAAGCAUAGAAAAAUGAGACUGGGGAAUAGAUCCUGACAUAACCGCCUAGCAUGGUGGGGUCUCAGCAUUGAUGGGAGCCUUUGGACGCUAUUGCAAACUACAUAGUCGUUAUAAAUACUGGCGUAAUGGGAAACUGCUUUAUAAUCCUACUAUCUAAUGUCUUGAUUUCAUAGAUGUAUUCGUUUUAAAAUGUCUUUGGCACCUGAUUUUUAAUUUAGAGGAAGUAAGAAAAAUGUGGUUAUUUGUGAUAGCUGUCUUGGUGGCAGCCCCACAUGGUAAUACCCCAGAGCUGCAUUGGUGUGUAAGAUCAGGCCACUGCUCCCUGGACAGGCUGGGGCGCGGGAAGGAUGACUUUCAGCUGGCUGGGUGGGAUGCAAAAUGCACGGCUCACAAGCACCCUCCCUUACCUCCAUUUCAAAGCAAUAGCGUAGAGGAUGGGACAUCAUGACAACCCAGAAUGGAAGUGCUACAACUCCAACACGGACUGAGCCAAUAUCUUUGCAUUACUACUUGGGAGUCCUGAGCCUCCUUGUCAUGGGGCCUGGCAAGAUGAGGAGAGGCCCAUGAUUCAAGGCAAGGAGGAAGUCAAGGUUAGAGAGCAGAGAUGGGGAAGAUUGAGAAAGAUCAUGCUUGGAAGCCUGAACCCCUCCAGUGAAAGGAAAGCCAUUUCCUAUAGCUAUCUUAAUGUUCUUAAUUAUUAGCCACAUUCAGUUGCCUCUUUUGGUAGCCUUUGUCAUUUAAUCUCCUCUGAGGCAGGGACUCGUACUAUUUGUAGGUAAAGCACCUGGCACCAUCGGGCCUGAUCUCAGCUGCGACCUCUGGGCAAUACUGUAAUACAAAUAGUAAUUUGCCAUUAUGUCUUCCAGUGUUUCAUAGGCAAAGGCGUGUAUGUGAGAGAGAGAGAGAGUGAAGAUGCUUAGAUCCUGGUUCUGCAAUCCUGACACAUGCAAGUAGUGUUAUUUACUUCCAUGGCACAACUUUGCAUGAGUAGGGAUUAGUCAUGUGAGUGCAUAAGGGCCACUAGACUGAGCCCCCCGAACUCAUGUGCAAGCUCUUCAGUAUCAAGGUGGUCCAAUUCUGACAACAGCCUUGUGAUUUGUGUUCUCCUUUGGCAGGGUUUUGCUUAUACUUGUCACCUAAACUUAUGUUUUCAUUGCUCUUAAUUCUUGUUUUAAUUUUGUAGUGGAAGUUAAAAUAUUGAAAGAUCUGAGUGGGUUAAGAUCUCUUUAUUGUGUAUGGUUUUUUCCCUUCCAUUUCAUGCUAGAAUCUACUGGAUAGUUUUAAUUCCUUCUCAUCUCAAGGCUCAGUGUUUUGAAUUAUAAUAAUCCUAGAACAAUCAAAGUUAAACAGAAAAGACCUAUUUAUGUCCUUAGUAAUCCUCCCUGUAUGUGGAGCAUUGUUCCUAUAAUACUUCAUAUCACUUUAGUCUAAGGAUCUAAAAAUGCUUCACAAUCCCUGUUAGGUAAUAAUACAGAAAUGGAGAUACAGAGCGGGUAAGAGUCUUUUUCCCAGUGAGGCAGUGGCAGAAUUGAGAAUUUGAGUUAGAAAAUUUUCCUAAUAUCUAACUCAAUCUCCCUGCUGCAGAAUAAGCCCAUUAUGUCUUGUCCUAUAUUCAGUGGACAAGGAGAACACUUGAUCCCUCGUCCCCUUUAUAACAGCUCUUAGUCUUCAAAUAUGUUACCAGGUCGUCCCUCCCUCAGUCUUUGUUUCUGAAGACUAAACAUGCCGAGUUUUUUUUUUUAACUGUUCCUCAUAGGUCAUGUUUCCUAAACCUUUUAUCAUUUUUGUUGCUCUCCUGGACUCUCUCCAACUUGUCCACAUCUUUCCUAAAGUGUGGUGCCCAGAAUUGGACACAGUACUCCAGCUGAGGCCUCAACAGUGCCGAGGAGAGCAGGACAACUACCUCCCAUGUCUUAAAACCAACACUCCUGUUAAUACAUCCCAGAAUAUUUGCCUUUUCCGUAACUGCAUCACAUUGUUGACUCUCAUUCAAUUUGUGAUCCACUAGAACCUCCAGAUACUUUCCAGCAGUAUUACCACCAAGCCAGUUAUUUCCCCUCUUUGUAGCUGUGUAUUUGAUUUUUUUUUUCUUCCUGUCAGGUAUUAUUGGAAUUUCAUGGGUCUAUAGUUCAGAGCAGUGGUAGUAAUGUAAUCUCAUUGCAGUGUGCAAGUACUUGAAGACCAUGUAACUCAAUUCCUCCUGCAGAGGAGAUUUACCUCUAUAAUCCAUACAUAUUUGCUUACAAACCAGCCUCAACAGAAACUGUUUCAAAGGAGAGCUAUCAUUUAGGGGUGGGGAUAUUUCAUCCUGAAUAUCUUUGUGCUAUUUCUGCCCUCAUUACUUUAUGGGCAUUUUUAAGUCCGAAAGUGAAGAUAAGAGAUUUAGUAAUCAAUUAAACAUAGCAUGACAGCUUUGUGUGAUCCACUAGCAUCAAGUUUUCACUGCUUUGAUACAACAAAAUGACACUGAUCAACGUUAUCCCUCUCAUUGACUCUUAUAGUUUAGUGUUUGGUGAAUUGUUGAGCUUGUGAAUGUGACAGACUGUGAUAAGAGACCGGCAUAGUGUGGGCAGGAGCUGCCGUAGCCCUGUAGUAUUCUGUCACUAUGCCGCCUUCAGCUAUGGGCCCAUCCAGCAGACCUCAUCCUCUACCUGAUAUAAAGGGAGGCUGCUGGGGUUUCUAAACUGGGGGUGUUGUAGGGUGGAUAAAGAGCGCUAGAUUGAGCCUGGUUGAUCACUUUGACUUGUGGCCUAACUCAGAUCGGAGGGUUUCAAGACCCAUGUGUUGAUUCCUUAGAGAUUACUUACUAUCAGCAUAUUGAGAAAGUUACCAAACACUUUACUUUUUUUUUAUCACUCCCCAAUUUUCCUUACUCGCCUCUACCUCACCCACCCUGCAAAACAUAUCCAGUAUAAUUGCUAAUUUAAUUUUCACAUUUAAAUUAAUAGAUGUAUAAAUCUACUAGUAAAUAACUUUUAUAUUCACAGAGUAUCAUUGACCCCUACUUUGUCAUUCAAAUAUUGUUUACAGGUUUGCUCUGGUAGAAGUCUAGGACUUUUGCCACUGAUUUCAAUGGGAGGAGGUUCACCUGUCCACAUUAAAUUACUUUAAAUUAUUUAAUAUCUUUUCAUAAGCAUCGGGGUUGUUGGCACUAAUUUUAAACUUUCCUGUGGUAGACCUUAAACCAUCUUGCAUUCUCUUCUUGAUCUUGGUUAUCUGUGCUCAAGGCCUCUCCCAUCAACUAACUCCCUUUUAACUGCUCAGCAACUGCACUUUCUUUCUGUGGCUGAAUUUAUAGUCCCAUCUAAGAAAGAGGCAAGUAGGUGCUGCUGUGUGUAUUCUUUUAAAUUUACCAUCAGGCCCCUUCAGGGAGACCCUAGGGGCUGGGCCCACAGCUUUCUGUACUAGAACAAAAUCCCCCAGGCACAGCCUAGUGUCCUGGAACAGGAUUGAACUACCCCCAGCAUUAUCGGAGCUCAAGGCACUCCGUGCCCUUGGGAAGGGGCUAUGCUGCAGUCGAGCUAGAUACUGUUUGGUUCACUUGUUUUAGAGGCAAUAGGUCCCUACAACAGUCUGCUCUCAGGGCACUGCUGGGCUUGUGCAAUCUCCCAGAAUGCUCUGCAGUUGGCAGCUGAGGUACUGCCUACUGGUGAUUGUACCUCUGGGGACUUACAGCUGCCCUGACUUAGGGUGAUUACAGGCUGAGCCUGAAUGUGGUCCAGCCCUGCUCAGGGGGAGGCUUGAACUAGUUCCCUUACAAACAGUUCAGGGGCCUAGUGUGGACAAGGCCUUCCUGCACCCUCCUGGGGCCUCCACUCCCUCAGGGCCUGGGCCUAUGGCCAGAGGGGAUCUCUUAGAGCAGGGCCCUGCUCCCUUGGGGCCAUCCUGCUGCAGGCCCUUCUCCCUGGAGCUGAGGAAAACUUCAGCCCUGACACAACUCUCUCUCCUGCAGGCAGAUGGCUGAGCCCGGGUUUGCAGCUGGUGAGUUUGGGUGGGGUCGGGGGGACACUAGCUUUGCUUACGCCCCCUCAGCCUGGUCCCUGAGCGGGGGGUGCAGGUGCCACCGGCAACCUCUUGACCUGCUGCUGUAUUUGGGUUUUUUCGUAAUGAAAGCAAGGGCGUGACCUGGCCCUGACCCUAAACCAGCGCCAGGAGCUCUGGCAGGCGGGGGGCGCCCCGGGCAGGACACAAGUGCAGGCAGGGAGCCGGGCGCAGACAGGAGCCUGAGCGGGGCAGCGCAGGACACCGCGUGCCCAGGCUGGGACCCAGCAGCGACCCGCGCAGCCGGGACCCCCCGUUCCCUCCUCCAGCUCCGUGCGCCCCCGGCGAGGGGCGCGGAGAGCGGGUGCCAUGGACGGCGCAGCGUCCGGGGCGCUGGGUCCCCAGCCGGAGCCGCCGGUGGGAGCCGGGCAGGGCGCGGGGGAGGCUGCCCCGGAGCCCGCCGCCCCCCAGAAGCCCCCUUACUCGUACGUGGCGCUGAUCGCCAUGGCCAUCCGGGAGAGCCCGGAGCAGCGGCUGCCGCUGAGCGGCAUCUACCGGUACAUCGUGGGGCGCUUCCCCUACUACCGGCUGGGCCAGAAGGGCUGGCAGAACAGCAUCCGCCACAACCUCAGCCUCAACGCCUGCUUCCUCAAGGUGCCCCGGGAGCGGGGCGCCGAGCGCAAGGGCAGCUACUGGACCCUGGACCCGGCCUUCCACGACAUGUUCCAGCAGGGCAACUACCGGCGCCGGCGGCGGGUCAAGAGACCCCAGCGGGCCCCUCUGGGGGGGCCCGGCCCGGCCCCCGCCUGCCUCACCUGCCAGGAGCUGCCCUACCACCUGCCCCACCAGAGCCCCCCGGCCGCCUACCUGGUGGGCAGCGCCUGGGCGUCCCCGGGGCAAGCCCCGCCGAGCUGCCCCCCGUGCACGGUGCCCCUGAGCGGCUACGGCCCCUACCCGCGGCUGCUGCUGCCCGGAGGGGUGGCGCAUCAGCAGCUGAGCCCUGCGACGGGGGGGGCCGGCUGUCCUUACCAGCAGCCCCCGGAGCUGCCCUUCAUGCGUUACUGGGGGGAGCAGGAGAGACCCUACGGCGCCUUGCCCGCCGGCAUAGACCUUUGAUUCCUGGCCGUCGGACAGGAGCGGGCAGUGGGUCUCCCCUUCCCCCUGCUUCUACUCUGAGCGUUGCGGGGAGCCCAGGCUGCGUUUGGAUUGAUAACGGGGACCCCUCCCUUGUCAAGGCAAUAACGGAAGGGGUGUCACAGGCAGGCGAGAUUUGAUGCGCGCUGCCGCUAAAGAUAAAUCGUUGAAAGGUUUUGGGGGAGCCUCGCUGGAGGAAGGAGGUGCAAAUUCGGUUGAAAGGGGAACAACGUUUUUGAAAAGAGGCGCCACAGCGGAAUGGACUUUGGGAGUGAGCCUGUACUUCCCUUGCUUUGAAAAGGGGAGGAACUGGGACAGUACCCCAUUAAGAUUUGUGUUUACAUUGAUAAACUUCGAAGUUCAAAUGAAUACAGUGAGGUGUGAGUUUCACCCUGCAGCUCUAACUCUCCAAAUUGAUUCUUCUCCGGGCAGAGGAUCCUAGAGGAUAUUAUUUGUUCUGCAAAACUAGACCCUAAUAUUUUAGAAAUUCCCUGUCUGCAAAGUAUUUGAAAUAACUUGGGGUCAAAACUUUCUUGUUCCAAGGAAACAAUGACGCGUUUCAGACAUGUUCCCUGUUAGUUAUAUAGUUAUUGUAGAAGGUGUAAUGUGUUGUUUGAGUCAGAAUAGUGUUAACAUUUUCAGAGACGUUUAUUUGUGAAAGCCGCUUUAAAAUAUGCAGUUACUGAAGAAGCAUCAAGGACAAUAGAUUUGAAAACGGUUGGUUGAUUGGUACAUCUGUUAGGAAUUAAAAACCCGUCUAUAUUCUUUUGGAUUAUUGAAGUGAUUUAAAGUAUGCUGCCUUGUUCAUUCUUUCCGGUGGCUCAUGAGAAACGUGAAUUCUCCACUGCAUAACCGUUGUUUCUUUUAUUGUGUUAAAUUCAGUGGUACUAGUGAAACUGGAAAUGCCUGACCUUGGGCUGUUAACUGAAAGCAAAAGAAGUUGAUCAACUGACAUUCCAUUUUUAAGUCAAGUCUGAGAAAUUGUUUUGGGAACUGAAAGUAAUGUGCCAUCAUUUUAAAAAGUGAAAUGUAGUUACUUUCUGGAAAAUACUUUUUGCAAAUGUCCUUCAAAACUUGAUUACUGAACUUUUUUUUUUAAGUCACUAUGUAAAGGAAUACCUUUUUUUUAUUUUUUUUUUAAGAUGUUAAAUACCAAAGACUUUUGGGAUAGAUAUGAUCCUUAUGUUUUUAUAUUUAAGGAUAAACUAUUUGGGUUGACGUGAAGUCAGAAGGCAUUUUAUAUACUGUUCCUUGUUAGUAUAGUUAUUGUGAACAUGUUUAUAUAAUGGCAAUGCAGCAGUGCUUUUGUCAUUUACAUUUCAGGGGUGGCUUCAGCUCUUUUCCUGCCAAAAAAAGAUUCUAAACGCAAAUAGUAUUUCUAAUAGAAAUCGCAGGUUGGUUUGUUAUAGAAACGAAUGGUUGAGAUACUAUCAGUGUGCAUAGCAGCAUUUUCUGGUGUGUUACAUUUUGAGACUUGUUUAAAUAAAUAUUGGUUACUUUAUAAAA